AUGGCAACCAUGGCUAACCAUGACCGUGAAUCAACACAGCCCACAUGCCAGAACUGCGGUACCUCGACCACGCCGCUAUGGAGACGCGACGAGCAUGGCGCCGUCCUCUGCAAUGCCUGCGGUCUCUUUCUCAAACUGCAUGGCCGACCUCGGCCUAGUUCCCUCAAGACCGACGUUAUCAAGAGCCGCAAUCGCGUCAAGACUAUGCGCCCUGAUCUUGCAAAGCAGAAAAAGGCGCAACAAAACCAAACUCUCCCUGCUGGCGCCGACGUGAACGGCGCUGACCUUGCCAAUGGGAAUGGCGCUCGCAGACCGUCGCAAAAAUCGACCAAUGGCCACAUGGACGACACAAACUCCCCCAUUUCACGCACCGGAACACCGAACAUGUACAACCCGCACAUGGCGCCGAUGUACGGAAAUCAAGAUGAGCAGUUUCAAGCGCAACAGCUGUCUGGGUUUCAAGUCGCCAGCGGGCCUGGUGGACAUGCUUCACCCCUGAAUGGCGAGCGCACAGAUAUGCCUCAGGGACAUGACGAGAAUUCGCAGCUGAGGACGCGUGUGAGCGAACUCGAGGUCAUCCAAGAAUUGUACCGUGGACGAAUCCAACAACUCGAACAAGAACAGCAACAGUUGCAAGCGCAAGCCCGACAGCAGCCAGAGAAUGGCGGCUCUGAUUCGGAUGCCCAGCUCCGCGCACAAAUGGAUGCUCUGACAGAUGCCCUCAACCAGGCUCGAAGCCAGAACGAAACCUUGACCGCCCAACUCGAGGUCGCGACUGUUCAAGCCGAAACCCUCAAUGCUGCGCAUGCGCAGUUGCAAAACGAGCUGGAGGAAAGCCACCGCAGGGAAAACAUGCUAAAGCGGCGCCUAGAUGAACUGGAAGUUGAGCUCAAGGAAGCCAGGGAUUCCCGGGAUCACAUAUUCGAGGACGGCCGAGCUGCCAAGAAGCCAAGGGUAGAGGAACCAGAGCAACCGAUUGUCUUUGAACAACAGCAGGAUCAUCAGCAGGAAGAAACUCUUCCCCAACCUGUUUCCAUUCAAAUCGUUCCCAUUCCUGAACCGGUUGUCAACCCCGCGGCGGAGACUGCCCUUGAGACAGCCAACGAGACGUUACCAGAGUCAAUGGAGGAGGAUACAAAGAUCGAAGUGACCGCGCCAUAGCAAAACGUCUGGCCCACGGGCUCUGCUCAGCUUGAUUUUUAUUAGCUUUCCGGCUUGGUUUAGAUGGGUUCGAGGGAUGGCAUAAAACGUACAGCUUUAGGCCCUGGGUUCCGUUCUUGUUAUUCCCGAUCUUGGCGUCAGUCUCCUCUUCUUGCUUCUCUUGGUUCUGUAGUUCUUUUCGAGAUAAAAAGUACUAGGGACACGUGGGGAAACGGGAAAUGCACCGGGCUGGCUUUUAUUUUCUAAUGGGUAGCCGGCAACCCGGAUGGACGAAACAGGGCACGGGAAGGAUUUUGUUAUUUGGUUUUGUCUGUGAUUCAAAGCGAAGCGACCUUUUUGUUUUCUUUGCUGGGUUGGGUGGUUUGCGUGGUUGGCAACCAUGGAGCACGAACUGUGUCGGGUCAUUAUGUCUCUUAAUAUACCUCUUCUCUAGUCAUUUAUUUCCUUCAUUUUCAUGAGUUUAGGGGGGCAGUAGUAGUGUGUCGGGUUGGUCAAAAAGUAGGAGUCCAGAAGAAAAAAGGAUUCGCGAUGUCCUGAUCUACUCGCGGUUUACUCUCUGGCCUUUUAAAUUUUGGCUCGGUUGAGUGCUGUUGGCAAUCAAACGGUGGAUCGUGGCUUUGUGGGAAUAAAAACUGGUGUGGCUCAGUGCGUGUGUGUGAGUGUGUGUGUGCACACGCUUUGACUGGUGAGAAGAACUCCUAUGGAGCAAUUAGUUGGGAUGGACAGUACAAUCAGGUAUAUAUAUUAUGCAGGUGUUGAUGGUCUCGGCGAGAUGGGCACACAAAACGGGACUGUUUCCGUCAUUAUCAUUUACUUGUUUACAUUGGAAUGCCC